CUGUGUUCGGUAUGCCACAAGGUGUUCCCGCUUCAGCGCAUGUUGACACGCCACCUCAAGUGCCACAGCCUGGUGAAGAGACACCCUUGUCGUUUCUGCGGUAAAGGAUUCAACGAUACCUUCGACCUCAAGAGGCAUAUGCGCACACAUACAGGUAUCCGGCCUUACAGGUGUGAGCUGUGUGAGAAAGCCUUCACACAGCGAUGUUCUCUGGAGUCCCACAUGAGGAAGAUCCACGGCGUCCACCAGCAGUACGCCUACCGCCAGCGACGCUCCAAGAUCUUUGUGUGUGAGGACUGCGGUUACACUUCGAGCCGCCCCGAUGAGUACUUCCUCCACGUGCGGCAGUGCCACCCCGGAAGCCCUGCCCUGCGCAGAUACUACCGCCGCCAGGCCCACGAGAACAGUAGCUUUGCACCGGCUGACCGUAAACUCAACCCUUAUCUUCUGUACCCGACCCCUGCAUACUAUAUGUGA